AUAAACUUCAAAUACAUGGCUGAGAACUAAGAGAGUAGAAGAAAAGUUUCAUUUUUUGAAAAAUACUUCUGUUGCGGUAACUCAUAAGAGGUGUAGGAACCUAAUACUACUAAUAAAAUGUGUAUGAUUAUUAACCAUUAAUUAGACAGCACUGUUAAUGAAUAUUUGAAAAUGAAUCGUAAGGAUCCUAAUCUUUAUGUUUUAUAAGAAUUUGGGGGUGCAUAUUUAGAUAAGAGUAAAAAAAUAAAAACUACUCAUUAAUUAAAUGAAAUAAUGAUCAACAAUGUAAUAACAGAGAGAACUUAGCAUUCUUGUCCAAUAUGUUUUUGCUAUUUCAAUUGUAAAAGAAUUAUUUUAUAUAUAAUAUAGAUAUAUUGGCAUCAAAUUGUUGUAUGAAUUACAUUUGUCAUAUUUGUGCUUUGGAAUUCAAGAAUCCGAAAUGUCAUUUUUGUUAAAAUGAGAAAUGCAAAUAUUUAGAUGCAGAUUCAAAGGAAUUUAAAAUUUAUACAGAUUCAUAGGGUAUGUAAUUGCAUGCUAUGUUAUAAAUGAAGAGGAGUACAACAACAGGAUGA